GACCGUUUGGUCCCGAACCAAACACGUUGUUGAUGCGCCACGCGAUCUCACAUAAAUCGUAUUAUUGACGCAUACUCAAGACAUUUUGCGUCUGUUUCAGGUAUUAUGCCAUUCUACAUCCGAUGAAGGCGAAAUCGAUCUGCACCCUCGGACGGACCCGGAAGAUCAUGGCUGGUGUUUGGAUCAUGGCACUCAUUCUGUCAUCACCGAUACUGUAUGGCCAGACAGUUCGUGGCUACCCGAUCUCUGCAGAGGUUACGGUGUACCACUGUCAGCCAUCUUGGCCAUCCGUUGUAUACCACCAGGUUUACAUCGUCUACGGAGCGCUCGUCAUCUUCCUCCUACCCUUCAUCGUAAUGGUGUACACGUACGGCCGGAUCUGCCGGACCCUGUGGGUCAGCAACAAGAUGCUGGACGUGAUGACGCAGGGCCAGGUCGGACAUCACCCACCCACACAUUGUCGCCUACAACCACCUCCGAUGGGACUCGUGGUUCGCGUCAAGGGUAGCACCACCCACUCCUCCAGCAGCUACAGGGACGGAGCCGUCGUCUUUUCAAAUGAUAACGGUUCCUCGUCGCCAUGGCAACGACCAAAGCCCACCUUCAUGCCACCUCGCACCCGUGCCCGAAUCGUGAAUAGAAACCUGGAGACCUUCCGGGAGCAACAGGGCAGAAAACAGCUGAUAAAGAUGCUGAUAGUGGUCAUCGCACUGUUUGCCGUUUGCUGGGUGCCCAUCUUACUUCUUAACGUGCUAAAGGCCUUUGAUGUGGUGAACACGUACACGCCUGAGGUCUACUACAUGAGCAUCGCGUUCCAGUUGAUGGGAUACCUCAACAGCUGUGUCAAUCCUAUAUGCUACGCCUUCAUGUCCAAGAACUUUCGCCAGGUGUACCUCCGCGCCAUAGGCUGGCCUUGUGACGCUUUCCAGAAGAUGUCGUCCUGUGCGAGCAGCAGCGGCAGUAGGAGAACCAUGGCGACUAAGAUGACGUUCUUCUCCGAGUCUCACUUCUCACAUAACCGAGACCAGGGCAAUCGCAUUCAGAUGGAGUCAACUUUGUGA